CAAACAACUACCGUUUAAUUUUCUACUUCAACCAACCCUCACUACCACUAAAAACACACAUCAUCCCUCUACUAAACAACUAAUAAUCAAAUAUGUGCGGCACUAUCGAAUGGGUUGCUUGGGAUGGUUUGAUCAUUGUCGGCCUUAUCCUCUUGAUUAUCUGGAUUCUCGGCUUGGCCAAUGUCAUUCAUAUCGGUAAUACUUCCGGAUUGAAGCACAUCUUCAUUGCCCUCGCGGUUGUCUUCAUUAUCGCAUGGCUCUUCACCCGCUGCUGCUAUGGCCGCCGCCGCCGCGCCCGUGGAGGAGUUGUUGUCUAAAAGGAGUACACACCUCUUAAUACCUCAUUACUUUUAAUAGUCUAUCUGAGUGUACAUUUAUAUUACUAUUCUAUCACUUAUUUAUUGGCUCGAGACACCUAUCUAAUUUCCUAAUAAAAACGUGUCUUGGAAAGAUA